AUGUCCAGUCAGCUCGACUACGAAAAGGCUCACGCUAAUGUCGCUCUCUCCGCGCAGGAGCGUCGCAGAGCCGCCCUCGCUGAGAUCGACGAGGCCAAGUUUUCCUGGUUUCACGCCAAAGCCUGUAUCGUUGCUGGUGUUGGAUUCUUCACUGAUGCCUACGACAUCUUUUCCAUCUCUAUCGCGGCCACCAUGAUCGGAUAUGUUUACCACAACGGUGGUUCCAGCACUACCAACCAAGAUCUGGGUGUCAAGGUCGCCCACUCUAUCGGCACCUUCUUCGGACAGCUUCUCUUUGGUUUUCUCGCCGAUCACCUUGGUAGAAAGAAGAUGUACGGUAUUGAGUUGGUGAUCAUCAUUAUUGGUACCCUUGGUCAAGCAGUCGCCGGUCGUGCCCCUGGUAUCAAUAUCUACGGUGUCCUCAUUAUGUGGCGAUUCAUUAUGGGUCUCGGUAUCGGCGGCGACUACCCUCUCUCUUCAGUCAUCACCUCCGAAUUCGCUGCCAGGCGUAUCCGAGGCCGUAUGAUGACCGCCGUCUUCAGUGCCCAAGGUUGGGGUAACUUGGCGUCCGCAAUCGUCUCUGUUAUCGUCGUCUCCGCCUACAAAUCCUCUAUCCACUCUGAACCCCUGACCGACCUCCGCGCUGUCGACCAGUCAUGGCGACUCAUCAUCGGUAUCGGCUGUGUCCCCGCCGUCAUUGCCCUCUACUUCCGUCUCACCAUCCCUGAAACGCCUCGAUACACUAUGGACAUUGAGCGCAAUAUCAAGCAGGCUUCGCAGGAUGUCGACACUUAUCUGACUACGGGCGAGUACGUCGUCGACCCCAUCCACAACAACGAGCGCGCCGAGGUACCCAAGGCUUCUUGGAAGGAUUUCUGCAGGCACUUUGGAAAGUGGGAGAAUGGAAAGGUCUUGUUGGGUACUUCGUGGUCUUGGUUCGCUCUUGAUAUAGCCUUCUACGGCCUAGGGCUGAACAGCUCAACCAUCUUGACUACUAUCGGUUUUGGUUCCUCGACUACACUCGGGACCAAGCAGGAAAACAUCUUCCAGACCUUGUACAACGUCGCGGUCGGCAACAUCAUCCUCUCUGUCGGUGGUCUCCUCCCUGGUUACUACUUUACCUUCUUCCUCAUCGACAUUUGGGGCAGGAAGCCUAUCCAGCUCAUGGGCUUCGUGCUCCUUACCAUCAUCUUUGUUUGCAUGGGUUUCGGGUACGACAAGAUGCUCAGCACCGAUUCCGGCAAAAAAGCAUUCGUCUUCCUUUACUGUAUGGCCAACUUUUUCCAAAACUUUGGGCCGAACACGACAACCUUCGUUAUCCCCGGAGAGACGUUCCCCACCCGUUACCGAUCCACCGCCCACGGUAUCUCUGCCGCUUCCGGUAAACUUGGCGCUAUCGUUGCCCAAGUCGGUUUCUCCCGCCUUAUCAACAUUGGCGGUAAAAACAAAUUCCUCAAACACAUUCUCGAAAUCUUUGCCCUCUUCAUGCUUACCGGUGUCUUUUCCACCUUGCUCUUGCCCGAGACAAAGGGCAGGACGCUCGAAGAUCUGUCGCAAGAGGACCAGGAGCAUUUCGUGCAGGACUCGGAUAUCCCUGCGCCGUUGGUCAGCAAGAGGCGACCGGCGGUGUCUUCUGAGCCCGAUGAUGAGAAGGUGAUGCAUGAGGUUUAG